CCUGUUAACCUUAAAUAUACUAUUUCUAUUUAAAUAGGAAAAAAAGAUAGUCUGGUUAUUUUUACAAAGCGCCUUGUAAUGGUUGUAAGCAACCUAACGUUAGUAAAAAUCGCGUCGAUUACUGGCAUGGCCACGGCGACAAUGGGUUAUUUAUUAAGAUCGAAACUGAACGACAAAAUUAAAAAUGCUGUUUUUUAUAAAGAAGCCUUGAAAACCGUGCGAUCGCAUUCGGCUGCGGUGUAUCUUUUAGGCGAGCCUAUUAAAGAUAAAUCAAUUGAUGUCGGAAAUCGAAAUAAAAAUUUUUUCGAAGAUAACGUCGCCCAAUUGGAAGUGCCCUUGAAAGGGUCCAAACAAAAUGGAACUUUGUUUUUGUGGGCAAAGAAAGAGGAAAACGAUUGGUUGCUCACGCGAAUAGAGUUAGAGGUAGAGAAUUUGAAAAAUAAACGAUUAAUAAUUAAAAAGAGCGAGAAUUAAUACAUUAAAGAGAAAUUUUAGUUACAUCUGUGCUGUGUAUGUACAGGAUACCAGGAAACUGAGGAGAUCCAGGGCUAUAUCCUCUAUUUCGAACAUUGUUGGAAUUAUAUACAGGGUACGUCGUUUGUGGGCAAAAAAUUCUAAUAGAUCCUA